AUGUCCCUUUCACUUUCUCCCAUCCCUUCCCUAAUUCCGACAGUUACUUUCUUUUCAUUUUUAUUUGUCUCUUUCUUUCUUUCUUUCUUUCUUUCUUUCAGCAGACGGUCUUAUAAUUUUCUGUUUUUUUGUUCGCUUCUUCAUUCAUAUUUAUUUCUUAUUCCUUUUUUCCCCCUGAAACCUCUCUUUCUGUUUGUUUCUCUUUACGUUUGCCUUCUUUUCUCUCCUCUCUUUCCUCAAACAUUUAAAAAAAAUCUUUUUCUUGUCGUUUUUACGUCUUUUCUUGCAUAUCCUUUUCCCCUCUUUUUAAUCUUUUUUUCUUUUUGUUCUCUUUCGUACAUCCCACUAUCCCUUCUUCUCUCUUUUAAUUGUACUUAUUUUUUCUUUUUUUACUUUUCUCUCAAUCUAAACACGUUUUUUGUCAUUGCCUUUUCUUCGUUCACUUACCUCGUUCUUUUUUUUUUUAUACCCAACUUCCCUCUGCAAGUUUUUUUUUUUUUUACUUCCAUGCUUGUUGAUUUCUUCUUUGUUUUGGAGCUCUUUCUCACCUCGUUCAUGUUUACUUUCAAUUCUUCGAUAAUUUCUUUUUUUCUCUUACACACUCUUUCACUGUGCUUCCUUCUCCAAUUCUCCACCCCCCGUCAUAUUUCUAUUACCCUUUUCUUUCGUCUCCUCUCUUCCGUAGAUCGUUUCCUUUCCAAUCAGCCCCUUCUCCGCCCUUCCUUUCCUGACAGCUCCCUCCUCAAUUCCAAUUCUUCCACUCCUUUUUUUCAUUGUCCCUUUUCCUCCCCUUUAUUCAGGCCCUUUCCAAUUCCGUCAGUCCCUUUUCCAAAUUCCGUCACUCCCCUUCCCCAUUUCCAUUUGUCCCUUUUUCCCUCCCCUUCCGUCAGUCCCUUUUUAUUCCUUUUACACACACUCUCUCUCUCUCUCUCAGUUUCCUUCUAUGACGAUCCUCCUUCUGUCUUACCACUACAAUAA